UCGAUAUGUAUAUUGAAUUACUUGACAGCUAUUUUGUAUAACAGCGUUGGAUGAGGAGUGUGAGAUUUUACGUGGAUUCAGAAGUGGAUUAAAAUGACACGCCAUGCCAGAAAUUGCACAGCAGGUGCGGUUUACACAUAUCACGAGAAGAAGAAGGAUGCUGCAGCUUCAGGUUAUGGUACGAAUAGUCAAAGGGUUGGCAAGGAUUCCGUGAAGAAUUUUGACUGUUGUUGCCUAACCUUGCAACCAUGUAGAAAUCCAGUCGUCACAAAAGACGGUUACUUGUUCGACAAGGAAGCGAUUCUGGAAUACAUCUUAACCAAAAAGCGAGAAUAUGCGAGAAAGUUGAAGGAGUAUGAGAAACAGAAACGGAAAGAAGAGGAAGAAUCGCAAGAGGAGAGUGCUAACGAGGAACUCUUGAAGCUCCAAAUCUUCCUCAAAGGCGAGAAGAACAUCGUUUCAUCCAGUCAGAUGAUGAGGAGUCAAGACAAGAAUUCUGGUUCGUCGAUCUCUAACAUGAGUAACGGACGAGACAAGAUGCUGCCUAGUUUCUGGAUACCUUCAAAAACUCCUCAGGCUAAGGAGGCGAAGUUGAAUAAACCUGACAAGAAUAUUUAUUGCCCUAUCAGUGGGAAGAUUCUUAAACUGAAGGACUUAGUUCCUGUCAAAUUCACCGAAAUUAAAGAUCCUGACGAUAAAAAAUCUCUUAUCGUGAAACAGGCUCGGUACAUGUGCCCUAUUACGCACGAUGUCCUGGGGAACAAUGUUCCAUGCGCCGUUAUAAAGACGACAGGGGACGUGGUGACUGUAGAGUGCGUAGAAAAAAUUUUAAAGAAGGACUGGAUCAACCCUCUCGAUGGAUCAAAAUUAACCGAAGACGACAUCAUCCCCCUUGAAAGAGGUGGUACUGGAUACGCAGCAGUCAACGACGGCUUGGAAGGGAAACACGAAAGACCAGUAUUGCAAGCGUAAUUAAAUAUUUUGUGCAGCAGUUUCUUUAGAAUGUAAAUACAAUAAGAUGUAAACUAAAGUAUUUUUAAGUAAUCUUCAACUCUCAGGGGCUGGGAUAUAAUUACCCAACCCCGGUGGUUUUUGCUCAAUUCUGCCACGUGGAGGGUUUGUGAAGCCCGUUCGGGUACCGCCUUUCAUGAUAACUGUUCGACUUUACCGAUCGUACCAAAUAAUACCAACAGUACGUAUUUCAGGGA